CUUUGCACUCCCCCUUAUCAGUCGGAUUUACCGGACUGUACAUCGUGCGUCAUGUGACGAGGUGAUGGAAUAUCUUCAGGGUAGAACUGUCUUCCUUGGAAUCGAGAACGCCAGGCGGUCCAUCAGCCAAAAAGGCCGUCUUUAGCCGCGAUAAGAUAAGAUUGACCGUUGUAUGUGCACCAUGACGUCAGCUUUGUUUGGGAUCCGAAACCCCAACCAGUUUCAUCAACCCGUUUCCAUUUCUCCUUAGCUGAAAUCAUGGACGAUUCUGUCAAUGGACCAAUACAAGAAACGUCGAUGACUACCACCAAUACGCUCCAUGAUGAGUAUUCGCGCGAAAAGGAUGCCGAACUCAUCAAGAAAACCCUCAAGUUGGAUGAAGAGGGCACGAAGGACUUUUUUAAGCCAGCAGUGUUGCGAUGGUGGUUUGCCUCGGUUGGAGUUCCAAUGAUCGCUGGGACCUUUGGGCCUGUAGCCAACCUGAUGAGUAUUUGUGCACUGGUUCAGCCUUGGCGGGUUAUGAUCCCUCCCAGUGAAACAGAAGGAAACGGAGUCCCUAUUUCUGAUCCAGCUUGGUUACUCGUACUCAACUCUGUCUCACUCGGAUGUUCGCUCGCUGCGAACCUCUUCCUCUCAUUCAAUUUUGCCCGGAAGGUGCGGUAUGCAAUUGCGCAACCGCUGACAAUCAUUCUAUGGUACCUCUCAGCAGUCUUUCUCCUAGUUCCACUAUCCCUCACGAAAAUACUGACCAUCAAACCGACCUACAACCAUGCAUUCUCUCAACCGUAUUACUACGCUCUUAUCGCCACGGUUUUGUAUAUCCUUAUAUCUUCCCUCCUGGUUGUCAACGUCAUCGGGGCAUACAAAUUUCGCUUCUAUGCUCCUUCAUUCGCCACCCUAACGAUGCCACAGCGUACUCUUAUGCUGCAGGCCAUUGGUUUCUCCUUCUAUCUUGCCAUGGGUGCAGGGCUUUUCUCUGCCAUCGAGGACUGGGAGUUUGUGAACGGACUCUAUUGGGCGGAUUAUACCCUCCUGACUAUCGGUAUAGGCUCCGACUACCCGUUAACGACGCAGCUGGGUCGCGGGCUCAUGAUCCCAUAUGCGGUAGGUGGGAUCAUGAUGGUCGGUUUAAUCGUGGGCCGUGUCCAAGAUCUAAUGUUGGAGAGAGGGCGAGCGAAGAUAGAGCGAAAGGCUCUGAAAUCUCAAAGGCGGAGGUGGUUCAAGAAGUCAAACAAGAAGCAAGAGGAGGAAGACUUCAAGACAAUGAGAAAAAUCGAGCGACGGGCGGAUAUGAUGCGGAAGUAUCUCGCCCUAGCGGCAUCAUCGGUUGCCUUCUUUUUCCUGUGGCUCAUGGGAGCGUUAGUGUUUCGGUUUACGGAGGCGCCACAGCAUUGGACCUACUUCGAUGCGAUGUACUUUUCCUACACCACCCUUCUCACGGUCGGCUAUGGGGACCUCUACCCGAAAUCUAAUUCUGGGAAGCCUUUUUUUGUCAUAUGGACCCUGAUCGCUGUUCCCACGAUGACGAUCCUCAUUUCGAACCUUAGCGAUACCAUUGUGGGGUGGCUGGAGAUGGGAACGAUAUGGCUGGGCCACUAUACUAUCCUCCCCGACCGCAAGACCAUGAAAGAGAUGAAUGAGAGCAGUGACUCCGUUGAUGCCCGGGAGCUGAAAUUAGACGUGGAGAUGCUCGGAAAUAUCAUUGCGCAGGAGGAAGAGAAACGCGGCAUGCACCGUGGGACUACGCUUGCGAAGGCCAUAAAGAGAGUUGUUAGGGACACAGGGAGGAAGACGCCGAAGAAGUAUUCCUGGGAAGACUGGCAGUUCUUCUUGGCUCUUUUGGAGAUGCCGCAGUCGGAGAGAGAGAGUUUCUGGCUCGCUGACGAAGGGCCGCUGUUCAGUGAUGUGUCCGAGUCGACUUGGUUGUUAUGGAAGCUGUGCGGGAAGCUGGAGAAUGUGAUGGAUCAGGAGUUCAGGGAUUUGGAGAACGGCGUGCAGGCGGAUAAGGAGGAGUGAUAUGGUGGACUACAUCCCCCCCCCCCCCGGCCGGACUUAUUUGUGCGAACUUUUUUUGGUAUCGUGGAACACUUUCAAAGGACUACUACUUGCCAAUUGUACCCGAAGAAGAAGAGAUGGCCGCGGAAUCAACGUGGGAGGCCGAAGCUUGAAUGGAAACAUACGGGCGCCUGGGAUGCCAAGGUCGUCUUAACGAAAAAAACAGGAUCCACCGUGACAAACAUGUCUUCGUUCGUGAUUGGUGUCUCGAGUCACUUCACAUGGGGUUGAACAUUUAUUUGGACGAGAGAUGUGGGGAUCUUCUUCGAUCGUU